AUGGAUAAAUCUAAAGAGUCGAAAAUAAUUUUUAAAAAUUAUUGUAGGGCCAAUGUGAAAAAGUUUCUUAGAGAGACGACAUUGCACGGUCUGAAAUAUUUGGCUGAUGAUAGCAUAACAAUCUGGGAGAAAUCCUUCUUUUUGUGUGCCUUUCUAGCGGCUAUAAUAGUAACAGCCAACCUCAUUUCGAAUGUCUACGCUAAAUGGAUUAGUACGCCUGUUAUUAUUGGCAUAAGUCCCCAUCCCACAUCUAUAUUGAGUACACCUUUUCCGGCUGUUACCAUUUGCAAUAUGAAUCAGGUGUGCGCUAGUCGUGUGGCGCAUUAUAAAGCUGAUUCCAAAGAAGGUGCGCUAUUAAAACUACUCUGUAAUGAGGAAGCUUUUUCUGAUGAAAAACUAAUGGACGAGCCAAAUUUCAAAAACAAUAAUUUAUCAAUUCCAGCUUUUCUACAGCAGCACGCUCAACCGUGCUCAAGAAUGGUGCUCUCCUGUACGAUCGGUUCCGUUGUAUUGAAUUGUUCAGAAAUAUUUCAUGAAAUUAUGACCGAUGAGGGUCUUUGCUGUGUUUUCAAUAUUUUACAUCCGAAAUUCCUAUACACCAGCAUAACUAAAGAAAUAAUAGAACAUUAUGAAAGGAUGCGGAAUAUUGAAGCAAUUGAUUGGAAUCCUGAGGAUGGUUAUCCCAAACAGUUACCGCCGAAUUUCUAUCCGAGUACAGCCGCCGGUACAGGUGUGUCAAUGGGCCUUUCAUUGAUGUUAGAUGCGGAGAUUGAUGAUUACUAUUGUUCAACAACCAAUGGACCGGGUUUUAAGAUUGGUAUGCAUAGCCCCAUCGAAAAAACUACAAUCAGAGAAACCGCACUCAUUUUGCCCAUCGGUUACGAGACCCGUUUGCGAGUUGAUGACGUUAGAACCGAAGCAACAUCCACGGUGCGUAAGUUGAGUCGAAAUGAGCGUCAAUGUGUCUUCAAUGGCGAAGAGAAGCUACUAUAUUUUCGGCACUACACAAGUCGCAGUUGCGUGAGUGAAUGUCGGACGAGGUUUAUUUAUAAUCAAUGCAAAUGUUUGCCCUACAAUUUACCAUCAAUUUAUGAUAAUGUCACCAUUUGUAAUGUGAUUCAAACUCACUGCAUUCAUAGGGCCAUAAAUGAUUGGUUAUUGGAGAGUGAUGGUGAUGAACAAAGUUAUUGUAAGCAUUGUUUGCAAAGUUGUUUCGAUCUUACAUAUAAGUCGGAUGCCACUUGGACUCCGCUACGUGCACACAAUUAUCUAACGCCUCCGAGUAUACUACGCAAUAUGUCAAUGGAGUAUGUAAACAAAAAUGUUGCAAUAGUGCAUUUUUAUUACCGCGAGACUGUAUUUCAUGGUGAUAUUAAAAAUGUCUACGUGGGACUUACAGAGUUUCUAUCUUACACUGGUGGCAUUAUGGGUCUAUUUAUGGGUUUCAGUUUCAUAUCCGUUGCCGAAAUAAUUUAUUUUGCUUUUCUGCGUCCGAUAUUUGAGUUUAUUUUGCCUUUAAGAAGAAAGAGAAUGAUUGAGCGAAGAACUGCCGUAAUGGCGGGAUUAAGGUCGCAUUUCCUCCCAAAUAAUAGUCUUUCAAAAGUCAACAGAGAAUAAGCAACUAAAACAAGUUAAUAGUCAAUUUU